AUGUUUCUCCUCUCCAAGGCGGCGUUCGACGGCGGCUUCAACAGUUACAUCUUCGUCUUCUACCGGCAAGCCUUCGCCACCGUUGCCCUUGCUCCCCUUGCCUUCUUCCUCGAGUGGAAGCACGCGCCGCCGCUUUUUCUCCCCACCUUCUGCAAGAUUUUCGUCCUCUCGCUCUGCGGGAUUACGUUGAGCUUGAACCUCACUGGGGUGGGUUUAAGGUAUACUUCUGCCAAUUUGGGUGCUGCUUCCAGUAAUGCAGUUCCCGUCAUCACUUUCUUCGUGGCUCUUCUAUUCGGAAUGGAAACUUUAAAGGUGAAGACAAGAACAGGAAUGGCAAAACUAGCAGGAAUGGUGAUAUGCUUGGGAGGAGUUGCAGUUCUAGCAUUCUACAAAGGCCCCCAUUUCAAGUUCUUUUGUCUCUUCAAACACCUCCAUCGUCAAAGUCAAUACCUUAGUUCCCAACAACUACAUCAUCCUGAUAGUACUUCUUCUCAUAGAUCAUGGGUCAAAGGUUGUUUCUUGAUGCUUUUCUCCAACGUCGCCUUUAGCUUUUGGCUUGUCAUUCAGGCAAUCCUUAUGAAGAGUUACCCAUCAAAACUUAUGUUCACGACUUUGCAGUGCUUUCUGAGCUCGAUCCAAUCACUAGUGGUUGCAGUUGCUGCGGAGAGAAAUCUCCAGGAGUGGAAGCUUGGGUGGAACAUGAGACUUUUUGCUGUGGCUUAUUGUGGAGUUGUGGUGACUGGAGUGACAUAUUACUUGCAAGCAUGGAUUUUUGAGAAGAAAGAUCCAGUAUUUCUAGUAGUGCCGACUCCAUUGACGUUCAUCUUUACAAUGUUGUGCUCUGCACUGCUAUGCGACUCCAUCGCCGUUGGAAGGUACGCAUAG